GCGAAUGAACGGAAGGGUAGCGGGGUCCUUCGUGUACUGUUGCUAAGAGAGCUUCGGCUUGUGUUUCCCUGCGACUGAGAGGAAAAGGCGGUUUUUGUGUCCUCCACAGUGGAACUCAUAACAGCCUUUUUUUCUAGCAGGAUCUCCAGAGGGACUCACACACACUCUCUCUCUCUCUUCCCUACAUCAACCCCCCCCCCCCGGACUUCCACGAGUGCGUGAUGUCUCUGGGCUCCAUUUAAUUUUCAAAAUCUCAGUCCUUGUAAAUGCACGUCUCUUCCUCCAGCUUCCCCGAAGGCCCAUUUUUAUGGUGAAGAUCAAUACAGGUCAUGGUGAAACUGGCGGCCAAAUGCAUCGUGGCGGGUGAUUCAACUGUGGGGAAGACUGCUUUGGUCCAGAUGUUCUGCAAUGAUGGGGCUCAUUUUCAGAAAAACUAUACCUUGACAGUGGGAGUGGAACUAUUGGUGAAGACAGUACCUAUUCCAGGAACAAAUGAUAGCGUGGAAUUCUUCCUCUUUGAUUCAGCAGGCAAAGAACUCUUUUCUGAAAUACUAGAUAAAUUGGCAAGUGUAAAAAUAUUUAUUUACCUGUCUUUUCUCCUGAAAUAUCUGCUGUUUACUUGGAUGUGGGAACAGCCCAAUACCCUGUGCAUUGUGUACGAUGUCACCAAUGAGCAAUCUUUCAAUAACUCUGCUAAGUGGCUAGAAAAGCUGAGAAUCCAAACAUCAGGCAUUCAUACUCCAGGUGUCCUGGUGGGCAAUAAGAUUGAUUUAAGUGAUAGGAGAGUUGUAGAGCGCAAACAAGCACAACAGUGGGCAGAAGCAAAUGGCCUGGAAUACUGUGAAAUAUCAGUAAAAGAGAUGGAAAAUUUUGAAGCUCCUUUUCGCAUUGUGGCAAAUUCUUUCCACCGAUUGUACAAAGAGAAAGUAGAAAUUUUUCAUUCAUUGGUAUGAGGGGUCCUUAAGUACAAUAUGGUGAAUUUUAAAAGAAAACAUACUAACUAACAGGCAAAAUCAUAUGAAAAUGGAAAGUAGGUUUUUGUUGUAUGGUCAUUUGCUUUCCAUCAUUGAGAAUUAUAAUUCUUCAAUUAUUAUUUCAGAUCUCAUCUGCUUAUUGUUUUUCCUGUGAUGGAUCUUUUUACAAGAAACAUUGUUUUUGAUUCUCAUUUUUGCAUGUAUUCAGAGUUUAAAUACUUUGAAAUAUUUGACAAAUCUAUCAAGGAGAAAUCUAUCAAAAAUUAAUAAACAUGCCAUUACUCUGGACAUUUCAACAACCCGGACAAUCUGUUUCUUACAAUUGAGUUAUAUCAAGAAAUUGUUAUUCAGAAAUCAAUAUAAAAGAUAUAUUUCAACUUUAGUUUUCUAAAGGUAGAAAUUCAUAAUCCUUAAGAAUCUUUUCUGCAACUUUUUUCCGCCAUCUCUAAAUAUCAUUUGCUGGAGUUCUAUUUGAAUGUUAGUAACUAAACCAUUGUUAUAGGCCUUUUUUGUUGCCUUUUGUAACUGCAGGGGUACCAAUUAUUUUAAUGGAGGAAAAAGGUUGAAAUGCCACUUUCCACAAUGUCAUUCUUAAUUCUAUAUUCUAAAAACAUUGCAGGUUAGUAGAUCAAUUUGCCAGUUUUUUUUCAUAUCUUACUAAUAUUGUUCAUAUCAUGAAACACUAACUGGUGGACUUUUUAACAUCACCAUAAUGGUAUACAAAGAAUCUGCUGGGAAUAAUAAAGAGUGAUUGUAUUUUGAACUGAAAAUUAUACUGAAAGACUUGUCAUAAUGAGCUGGGGGCUCAGAGCAGGUCAUGACAUAUAGUUCUGAAAGAUCCUAUUGUUGUUGUUUUUUAAAAGCCUUUCAAUAAUGAUUCUGCCAGCUAGAAAUGGAACAGAAAUCCAUCAUAGAUUUAAUUUCACACAAAAAUGAUAGAAAUCCACAGAUACUGAAUUUGGUAUCUUACUACAUACAAAA